UCAAUGGAUUUUCUGUUUCAGCUGUGAAUAUUUAACCAUGCUGAACUGAACUAAACUGAACUUCAACUCUGAAACUGGACUGACAGUUUCAAUUUACUAGAACUUUUAUGUUAAGCUGCUUUGAAACAAUUUACAUUGUAAAAGUGGUAUAGAAAUAAAGAUGAAUUGAAUUGAAAAACAUAAUGAAUACUGCGGCAAUUUGAGUUAAGUUUAAUAAUUAUUGUACAUAGGCUCUUUCUGUACUGCAAUUGUGUUGCUAUUUUUUUUACAUGCUAACUACUUUUGUACAAACGGAUGGAUAGCGACUGGAUGGCUUUCCUGAUGUAACGUUAGCCUAAAUAGUAUGUGACAUUUCAAACUUUAAUUUCUUUUAUAGUCUUUCUUAACUUUAAAUGGUAAUUCGUGUGUUUAUUUAUUUUAAUAAUUAAUUACUUUUAGGAAAAGAUAAAUAUUAAAGCUCAUAGACUCACGCACAAAUGUAUUGAGCAGCGGCCUCUGCUGACAAGAUUUGUUCAAACGCUCCAAGUAUAUCCGCCCGGAAGUGACGCAUGCACUGAUUGUCAAUCGAGUCCGCUUAGAACCUCAAUGGAUGGUUUGCGUUGAAUGCCUGACCAAAAGCUAUUUGGUGCUUUUUAUAGUAGCAAGGAGAUAAACACCGUCAUGGGACUCAGGUGUUUAUUCGGCUGUGACAGCACUCGGUCUUUGUUCCGUUUCCCAACUUUAGCUUGGUUAAGAGUGAAAUGGCUGGAGUUCACGCACUUUGAGGAAAGCGCUAUUAAUGCAAGCUCGCGUCUGUGUCAUCGACACUUUUCUAAGUAUUGUUUUACCAACUUUGAAAUGGUGGCUGCGGGAUUUGCCGUCAACCUCCAGCUGUCAGCCACAGCAGUUCCUACUAUUUACACUGUAGGAGCAUCAUCGUCUCCCUCACGACCAGCGACUAAAGAUGUUGGCUGUCAGUGCGACCCCUCGCGAAGCAGUUUUGGCACUCAAGUCAGACAGGCUAUGAAGCUCAGGAGGAGUAAAGCAAUUCAGGUGAAUCCUGUGGCCAAAAGAGAGUCUACUAUGAGCGAUGUCUGUGGCAAAAUCUUUGAUUCAUCAGUUUGUACAUCAAUGCCAAUUAAGCGACAGAGACGGAAAGACAUUAGUUUUAGCCCCUUUUCAUCUCCAGCCAGCUCAAGUUCCACACAGCCAGAUUCAACCUUUCUGCCAGAUGACACUGGAAAGACUACUAUGUUGCAUUCUGACAGACAGCUUGCUCCAGUUGUUUAAAACUGGUACUGUGUGUACACAUGAAUGCAGACUGGAGAAAUAUGAUUGACAGACAUCAGCACCUCCAAAUCCUGAUUCUGUUUCAGCACUGGUCAGUUCUCAAUACAGUCUUGAAAAAUGCUGAAAGUAUGUUCAGCCGAGAAUAGGACACAGAAGAGAAGAGAAACAGUCUACACUUCAGCUUUUAUAAACAAUUUGAUUUCACUUUGAGGGUGCGCUCACACUAUGCUAUCUGAACCGUACCCAGUCGCAUUUCCCAGUUCAUUUGACAAGUGUGAGGGCUUCGAAUCGGGUGCAGACGUGGUUCAGUUGGUCAGCACUGGCCCGGUAGGAAGAGGUAUGCCAGAGCGUGGUUCGGUUGGACUUGGAGUGUGGGACGCUUGUAGUGUGAGUGCAAAGCACCCCUGAGCCUGAAACUGAAGAUCUGGGGCCUGUUUCAGUAAGGAGGUUCAAACAACUCAGAGUUUAAACUUGAAC